GAAAGAAAAAAAUAUAUAUUGUGUGGACGUAACUUUGUUUGAGACAGUGAAUGGUGGAGCAUAGGGACAGUAAUUUUGUCGUUUGCAAUAUUUUCCACAAAAUCUCACUAUAUUUUCCAGGAAACAUCCAUGGAGUUUAGAGUCGUCAACGAUCUAUAUCUUCAGUCACACAAAUCGUUUCAACUACAAAAAUUCCACUAAACCCGUGUGAUUCUUCAACUCUCUAGAGAUUUCUCAUCCUUUCAUGUAUCGGUGAGAUUUUCCAACUAUUUUUAAGUUUUGCUUAAGGUUUUAUCACUGUGGAAUCGAAUUGAUUGGACUGGCUCUUGAUGAUUAUGCUGAUAUUGAUGCUUUGAUUAGUGUUUUGAGCUCAUUUCUUGAUUAUGUGUUCUUGAUUUUAUAUUAAUUUCUUGAUUCUUCGAUAAUCAAAGUUCUCAUGGGUUCUGUAAUGAGCUUGGGCUGUUCCAAGAGGAAAGCAACAAAUCAGGAUGUUGAUUCCGAAUCUCGUAAAAGACGAAAGAUAUGCUCAACAAACGAUGCUGAGAAUUGCAGAUUCAUUCAGGAUGAGUCAUCUUGGAAACAUCCAUGGAGUUUAUGUGCCAACAGAGUCAUCAGUGUGGCAGCCGUAGCUUUAACAAAUUUCAGAUUCCAACAAGAUAACCAAGAAAGUAAUUCUUCUUCUUUAUCUCUUCCCUCCCCUGCAACUUCUGUGUCUCGAAACUGGAAACACGAUGUCUUCCCGAGCUUCCACGGAGCAGAUGUCCGAAGAACCUUUCUUAGUCACAUCAUGGAAUCGUUCAGAAGAAAGGGAAUUGACACAUUCAUUGAUAAUAAUAUAGAGAGGAGUAAGUCGAUCGGUCCUGAGCUCAAAGAAGCUAUCAAAGGAUCAAAGAUCGCAAUCGUUUUGCUCUCAAGAAAAUAUGCUUCUUCGUCUUGGUGUCUUGAUGAGUUGGCCGAGAUCAUGAAAUGCAGGCAAAUGGUGGGUCAGAUUGUCAUGACCAUUUUCUAUGAAGUUGAUCCAACUGACAUAAAGAAACAGACCGGUGAAUUUGGAAAAGCCUUCACAAAAACAUGUAGAGGUAAACCAAAAGAGCAAGUUGAGAGAUGGAGAAAAGCUUUGGAGGAUGUGGCAACAAUCGCCGGAUAUCAUUCUCACAGCUGGAGGAAUGAAGCAGACAUGAUUGAGAAAAUAUCCACUGAUGUUUCAAACAUGUUAAAUAGUUUCACACCAUCAAGAGAUUUCGACGGGUUAGUAGGGAUGAGAGCUCAUAUGGAUAUGCUGGAACAAUUGUUGCGCCUAGAUUUGGAUGAAGUAAGGAUGAUCGGGAUUUGGGGACCGCCUGGGAUUGGUAAGACAACUAUCGCCAGAUUUCUGUUUAAUCAAGUCUCCGACAGAUUCCAACUUAGUGCAAUCAUGGUCAAUAUCAAAGGAUGCUAUCCAAGACCUUGUUUCGAUGAGUACAGUGCACAAUUGCAACUACAAAACCAAAUGUUGUCCCAGAUGAUCAAUCAUAAAGAUAUCAUGAUUUCUCAUUUAGGAGUGGCUCAAGAACGGUUGAGAGACAAGAAAGUGUUUCUUGUUCUCGAUGAAGUGGAUCAAUUAGGACAACUAGAUGCCUUGGCGAAAGAAACUCGAUGGUUUGGUCCUGGAAGUCGGAUUAUUAUCACAACAGAAGAUCUAGGAGUUUUGAAGGCUCAUGGGAUCAAUCAUGUUUACAAGGUCGAAUAUCCAUCAAAUGACGAGGCUUUUCAAAUCUUCUGUAUGAAUGCCUUUGGUCAGAAACAACCACAUGAAGGUUUCGAUGAGAUUGCUUGGGAAGUUACCUGCCUUGCUGGUGAACUUCCUUUGGGAUUGAAGGUUCUAGGCUCUGCUUUGCGGGGGAAGUCCAAGCGAGAGUGGGAAAGAACACUACCAAGGUUAAAAACUAGCCUCGACGGAAAAAUCGGGAGCAUUAUACAGUUCAGUUACGAUGUCUUAUGUGACGAAGAUAAAUAUCUAUUUCUUUAUAUAGCCUGUCUUUUUAACGGCGAAUCAACAACCAAAGUGAAAGAGCUUCUUGGAAAGUUCUUGGAUGUGAAACAAGGUCUUCACUUAUUAGCUCAGAAAUCUCUCAUAUCCUUUGAUGGAGAAAGAAUACAUAUGCAUACUCUGCUCGAACAAUUCGGAAGAGAAACUUCUCGUAAGCAAUUCGUUCAUCAUGGCUUUACGAAACGUCAGCUUUUGGUUGGUGCAAGGGGUAUAUGUGAAGUGCUCGACGAUGAUACAACAGAUAGUAGACGUUUUAUAGGGAUACAUUUGGAGUUGUCUAAUACCGAGGAAGAAUUGAAUAUAAGUGAGAAAGUACUUGAAAGAGUGCAUGAUUUUCAUUUCGUUAGAAUCGAUGCUAGUUUUCAACCUGAGAGACUGCAGUUAGCACUACAAGAUCUGAUUUAUCAUUCUCCAAAGAUUAGAUCACUGAACUGGUAUGGUUACGAGAGUUUAUGUUUGCCUUCAACUUUUAAUCCGGAGUUUCUGGUCGAACUUGAUAUGCGUUCCAGCAAUCUUCGGAAGCUAUGGGAAGGAACUAAACAACUUAGAAAUCUCAAGUGGAUGGAUUUGAGUUAUUCUAGUUAUCUGAAAGAGCUUCCCAAUCUUUCAACUGCAACUAAUCUCGAAGAAUUAAAGCUUAGAAAUUGCUCAAGUUUAGUGGAGCUCCCCUCCUCUAUUGAAAAACUCACGAGUCUCCAAAUAUUAGAUCUUGAAAAUUGUUCGAGUCUUGAGAAGCUCCCCGCUAUCGAGAAUGCGACUAAGCUCCGUGAAUUGAAGCUCCAAAAUUGCUCAAGUCUAAUAGAGCUCCCUCUUUCUAUUGGAACUGCCACAAAUCUGAAGCAAUUGAAUAUUAGCGGAUGCUCAAGUCUCGUGAAACUCCCAUCCUCAAUUGGAGAUAUCACUGAUCUCGAAGUGUUUGAUCUAUCUAACUGCUCAAGUCUGGUGACGCUUCCUUCCUCUAUAGGAAACCUUCAAAACUUGUGCAAGUUAAUUAUGAGAGGAUGCUCAAAGCUAGAGGCUCUUCCAAUCAACAUCAACUUGAAAUCUCUCGAUACACUUAAUCUCACAGAUUGCUCUCAGUUGAAAAGUUUUCCUGAGAUCUCCACACACAUUUCAGAGCUCAGGUUAAAAGGAACUGCAAUAAAAGAAGUUCCCUUGUCGAUCAUGUCGUGGUCUCCUCUUGCUGACUUUCAGAUUUCAUACUUUGAAAGCCUCAUGGAAUUCCCGCAUGCUUUUGACAUCAUCACGAAGCUGCAUUUGAGCAAAGAUAUACAAGAAGUUCCUCCAUGGGUCAAGAGAAUGUCUCGUUUACGUGAUCUUAGUCUCAACAACUGCAAUAAUCUGGUAUCACUCCCCCAACUUUCAGAUUCCCUUGAUUACAUAUAUGCAGAUAAUUGUAAGUCCCUCGAGAGACUGGAUUGUUGCUUUAACAAUCCAGAGAUCCGUCUCUAUUUCCCCAAAUGCUUCAAACUGAAUCAAGAAGCCAGAGAUCUCAUCAUGCACACUUGUAUAGAUGCGAUGUUUCCAGGUACACAAGUGCCUGCCUGCUUCAUUCAUCGAGCUACUUCUGGGGAUUCCUUGAAAAUCAAGUUGAAGGAGUCGCCUCUUCCUACAACCUUGAGAUUUAAGGCUUGUAUCAUGCUUGUUAAGGUUAAUGAAGAACUGAUGAGUUAUGAUCAGACACCGAUGAUCGUUGACAUUGUCAUCAGGGACGAACAUAAUGAUCUCAAAGAAAAGAUAUAUCCAAGCAUAUAUCCAAGCAUAUAUCCACUUUUAACAGAGCAUAUAUACACAUUUGAACUUGACGUAGAGGAGGUGACUUCCACGGAGCUUGUCUUUGAGUUCCCACAACUCAACAAAAGAAAUUGGAAGAUAGGAGAAUGCGGGAUACUCCAAAGAGAAACGAGAUCACUUCGCCGGAGCUCUUCGCCGGAUCUCUCGCCGGAAUCUUCUCGUGUUUCUAGCUACGACCACUGUUUGAGAGGUAAGAAUCAUGGGUUUGAUUUCUCCUUGAGUCAUUCGAUGGAUUCGAUUAUUGGUUUUAUUUUGUGUGAAUGGGAAUUAGCUGUGAAAUAUGGGUUUUGUAUGGAUUUUAUGAGUUUUGUAUUUGUCGUGUAUUUAGAAAGAUGAAACAUUGAUGUUCAAAGCUUGCUAUUUUUUUAUCUGUAUAGAUAGCUCCGAAGGAUUAUCUUAAAGAUGAAACAUUGAUGUUCAAAGCUUGCUAUUUUUUGUCUCGUUCAAUAUCUCUACAGUGUGUUUUUUGUUUUGUCUUUUGCUAUUUAUCUAACCAAAUGCUUUGAAUUGGUUUUUGUGAAAGUGAUUGGGAUCAUCAAUAAGACUUAAGUUUAGCCACGAAAGUCGUGUAAAGCUAAUGUAGUUAUAUAAUGCUUGAUUGAUGGAUAUCUCUAUUUUGCUGGUUUCAUUUCUUGCAAGUUUCUAAUUCUCUGGCAUAUUUUGUUGUUGUUGUUUGUAUCCUGUAAUUAGUUAGUGUUGGGAAAUUUUCCAAAACAAAGCAAACUUAUAAGAUUGUGAUGGACACAAUCGCUAGUCUAAGUAAAGAAGCUUUAAUUACCACAUUCCAAGAUGUGUAAGAUAAGACAAUAAUUUAGAUAGGUUAGUUCUACUGAUUUUGUCAAUUAGUCGUAUGGAUGAGUAUUUACUAGUGUUCUAAAAACCACUUAUAUGGUAUUAAUGUAUCAUACACAUGUAAUGAUUUUGUCAUAAACAUUAUGUCUAGCUACCGGAAACCGUUUGCAACCAAGACAUUGAUUAAUCAUUUGAGUCUGAUUUGGCAAGCUAAUGUAGUUAUAUAAUGACAUGUUCUUUUAAAACUACUAAUAUUUCUUGCAAAUGUUUUCUUGCGUUUGAUUUAUUUGUGUAUGUUGUUGGCAUUUUUGGUUGCAAGUUCUGUUUUUAAUGAAUCUGAUUGGUCUUUUCUAAAUACUAAUCGACUUCAUCCUUAUCAAAUUUGAUUGGUUUCAUCAUUUGAGCUAAUUCUAUCUGAUUCUUGUACAUUAUUUUAGUAUUCGUCUAUGUUUGAUGACAUAUCAUUGAUGUGAUAAAUGCAGGUGAUUGAAAAUCUAAUAGGAGCUUCCAUUGUGUGUUGAUUGGGUAUCAAGUACUGCUUCCAAGUGAUCCAAAUCCUGCUUCAGCCUCUGGACUUGUUCUUUCUUCUAAGUGAGCCUUUUGGUAAUAAUUUUCCAUCUGUAAUGUGCUUGAUUGCUUGCAGUGUUUUCUUUGCGUCUCUUGGUGUUUGUUUGGUAAAAUCUGUUUCUUUUUCUCUCUGAGAGAUCAUCACAAGUCAAUAAAUAGAUCAUGUGUUUCAGAUAUGCUCGUUUCAUGCGUAUGUAUCAUGUUUUAUCUAUGUUUGGUAAAACUUAUAUUGUUGUUGUUUCAUUUGUUUUAGCAUAUAUAAAACUGAAGUUAUUAAGAUUUUUUG